AUGAAUGGUGAUGAGAAUAUGCAAUUCAGAAUUUGGGUUGUUAUCAUGGUACAUUCAGGAGGAAAUCUACAAAAUACGUCAAAACUCUCGUUUCUCUCUUUCGAUGUUGCUUUCAAUUUAUCUAAAAUUCUUGAACUUCCUCAACAACAUGUCAAUAGGGCAAAGCCUAGUUACCAACACGGCUCCAAAGAUCUAGAAGGCGUUCCAGACCUGCAGUCAUUCGGAGAAACCAAAUAUCCUAAAUACGACAUUCUCGACCUAGGAGAGUACUCCAAGGGCCACCUUCCAGGCGAUGAAAUCCAUAUCACGAAGCACGUGACCAUCAAAGAGCCACAGCCAUACCCCGUAAAGAUUCCAGUACCGCACCCUUACCCUGUGCCAGUUGCCAAGCCCUAUCCUGUCGUGGAGACCAAAUAUGUGAAGGUACCCUAUGCGGUACCUUAUGAGAUUCAGAGACCGGUGCCGGUACCUAUAGAGGUAGCUAAGCCGUAUCCAGUUUCGGUUCAUGAGAAUUCUGGAUGGAAUGGUGAUUUGCACCAAGCUGGGUCUGGCCAUAAUUAUGGUGUGCAAGAGACCAACGGAGAUGGUUAUUACGGUUCACAUUUGAAUUAUGAAGCUCAAGGGGAUGGUGAUGCUCAAUAUCACCAGUCUGAAGAGCCACAAGAAUCAAAUGUAUCUCAAGAAAGUCAGGAAGGUCGAGGAGGUUGGACUGGACUUCAGUCACCGGAACAUCAAUGAAAACAUUCAAAUAUCUCAAAAUGAGAUAGAUGGUUACAUAGAAAUUUCAUGAGUGACUGAUUUAUUUUGUGAUCGAAGAAUGAUUUAUAUUUGUUAUUGUUUUUGUUAU